UGGAAGAGCAGGUAUCUUGAUCGUGCAGAUAGUGGAACCAGAGCAAGCCCUCAGUGGUUGUUCUCCAGGGAUUUCAGCUGCUGUGGCCAGUUUUAGAACUUGCUAGGAGUCGAAACUAGCCUGCAGGAAAGGGCUUUGGACUGAGCCAUGUCAGCCAUUACUCUGUUCUUGUGGCUCUUGGGAAGAAGUAUGGGUAGCAGCUAUCUCAUGUGCCCAUCGCAGACCUCUGUGCCCAUAUCCUGGGACUCUGUGAAAAUAAAAAGAUUUCCAGAAUUUUUCUCUCUCCUGCUUUCUCAAAACUAGAUAGGUUUCAAAAUCCCAGUCAAAAUGUAGCUGUUUGCUGCCUUUUACUAUUUUUGUCUUAGUCUGAGGCAGAAAGUGAUGUGAAGUCUACUUCUUGCCUCUGAGCUGGCAUAGUCUUAAUAUACCUCUUUCUGUUCUCCACCUCAGCCUUAUACUUUUCCACUGAAAGCACUGGAGAAGGGACACAGCAAUAACUAGCACCUCUGCCUCCAGAUGAGUAGUCCCUGUGGUCCCCCCCUACAUUAAAGCAUGACUUGCUGCUGUCACCAUUCAUUUAGCCUUUCUUGACUCUCCUCUUUCAGGGCAAACUGCAUCAUUUUUGCCAGACCUCAGCUUUGCAUGCUAUUUCUGGAUCCCUUCUGUGCACUCAGCAAAUGCACCAAACUCUUAACUGCAGCACUUGUGGUAUUUUGCUCUUGAAUCCCUUUUGAGUUGCCUGACUUUGGGAUUUUAUUUUUUUUUUUAACAGGAAUGGGGGGAAAGCAGGAUUCAUCAUCUAAAGCUGAGCAGGUGGGCAAGAUUUUGAACUGAGGCCUGCAGAAAUUAAUGAACAGAUGUAAUACUGUCAUGAAAUUAUCUUUGCAGAUUUAUGCUGAAAGUGUCAUAUUUUGUAUAUUGCUGUGCUGGAACUGUUUCCAGAUGACUUCCUGAGAUUUAUUUGGUGACCUGCUGUUGUGGCAGCUAAAGGUCCUGCCUGUAUGAUGUUCUCCAAUUCCUCAGUUCCUGCCAGUAAUACAGUCUCAAACUCAGCUUUCACACAUAGACAGUGCUGCCUGUUUAUUUCUCUCUUACUUCAAUUCACUUAAGAAUUUUGUUUAGUAUUUUUGAUAUGUUUUGCCUCUUGCUUACACAUUUAUGGGAUGUGGGCAGCUGCUCUGCUAUUCUUUUUGCACCAAGCUGGGCAGGGAGUGCUUUGCUCCUGUGUUGGAACAGCAGAAUGCUGUCCCAGGAAACCUUUACCCCAAAUUCUGCUUUUGUUUGUGUAGCUGGGAAGCCAUACCACUCAAAAGUAGGGAUAAAUUUAAGUUCAUACUAGCAUAAUUUAUUGUGUGGCCACUCGUUAACUUGGAACAAGUACCUUAUUCUAUUUUAGUUUGUCAUGUGGAGGCAAUUUGAUAAGCUGGGAGGCGAGGUGGGGAGGAAAGUCCAUACCAAAACCGUCUCUGCUAGGAAGCAAGUGCUCAGCUAGAUGAGCAAGACACACAGCCAUGUUCUGAAAUGCUCUGCAAUGGUUGAUCAUGUUCUCCCUUCACCCCAGGCAAAGGCGGGGUAGAACAUGUUGGCUCAAACCCUUGUUGGACGUGGCUUAUCCCAUGAGCCGUUUGCUGGGAUGGAUUGGGCAUGCAUGUGGCAUUUCCAGCAGCCCCACGUGGCCGCUUGCUGGUGGGUCUGAGGUAAUGGCAGAACUGUGCUUACACUGCCUGGGAAUCGUCAGUGUGGUCCAGCCCUAGUUUGUGAUUCAUUCAAUUAAAAAUACUUGGUGAGAGUAUGUCUGAUACUACCAUCUGGUGACUUUUAAUAAUAUUUAUUCUUAGGAAGGUGGUUCUUUAAUUAAGGAAUUAACCUUAAUUUUUGUAGGCUUAGCAUAGAUCUGAAGAAAUGCUCAGACUUAAGCUGCUCUGUUUCUAGAAGAGUCAAGUCUGUUUUUCGGAUCUCCCUGUUGUCCCCUUAAGGAUCAACUAAUUGAACUGCUGCUGCUUGUUAAGUGAAAAACCAGGUGGGACUGUGAGAGACAGAAUGGGCAAAGCUUUUCUCUGACUGAGGUUCUAGAACAGCUUCUGAAGUGAAGGAAAACGCCUCCACUCCAUUCUUUUUGCUUCCUCUUUGUCCACUGCCCCCAAAGGAAUAUACAAAGGCAGUGUGGCUGUCAUGUAAUGUCUAAACUACCAAGAGAAAACUCCUUAUCUUCUUUGAUGUCGAAAUUCUGCAUCUGGACACCUUUUUGUUUCUCAUGUAAUGAGCAAAAAGCAUUUUGAUGCACAUGUAGAAUUACCAAGAUCAGUGCUUAUAUAAGUGGUCCCUGAAGAAAGCUGUGAUACGAUCACCUUCAUUACCAAGUGUCUUAGCCCAGAAGUAUACUUAUUUGCUUCCUAAAGCAGUGCCAAGUAUUUAGAAUUCUCUUUAAAAGAAGGCCCAGACCUAAGACAAAGAUAAUUUUUUAUGGGAAGUCUGUGUAUACUUUCUUUUCCCCCUGAUAUACUGAUACUGAGCCUUUGGUAAUAACUAAGGUGAUGGAGCCCAUCUGGUUUUAGAAGCUUCUUUUGGACUUGCUGCAUGUUAUAUUCAGGUAUUUUGGAGUUGUCUCAAGAUUUUAUAAUUGAAACAUGUUCUGUAAUGCAUGUAAAGCAUUGGAUUGGGGUAGAAAGGAAAGCUGAAGUCGUGUCCUCUAUAUGCUGCUGGUGUAUCAAGACUACUUACUGGCAGGUUUAUUUUGCAACUUAAUCAUUAAUAGAUUCUUGUGAGUUAUUGUUCUGUUAAAGCUGCUUUGAUGGGAGCCAGCUCGUUAGUGUUGUGAAUAAAACCUCAGUUCUGGGAACACAAUCUUUUGACAGGGGAUUUUUCAAACUUCAGAUGAAUGUUCAUCACUGCCUUCAUUUUUCCUUUGUAGUAAUUUCAGAGGUAGACUUUGGGCAAUCUAACUUUCCCCUGAAUUGAGUCCUUGUCUGGCAACUGAAGUUAUCUGGGCAGGAUCUGUACUUCCAGCUUAAGGAAGAGUCUGCCUACAGAAGUCUUAACUUUAGGAUCAAGAGUGUUUGUCUGUCUCUCUUGACUGCUGUGUCAGUGUAGGCUGGGUAUUGGAAGAGUUUGGUUUCUGGUUGAAGAAGAUCCAGGCUUUUGAUGUCAUGAGUCCCCUUUGGUAUAUAGGUUUCUGGAGUUCGCUAAUGUCACUGUUCUACUGGAUGGCUGUAAGAAAGCUGAACAAAACAAAAAGUGCCAAUUGCCCAGCAGACAGAGGUCUUGCAAAAUGCUCCUUUAGCAGACUGACUUCUUAUUAUGGUUCCACCUCCUUUUUCCAUGUCCUUCCCUAAAGCAGAGUUUGUUGAGGCUUUGAAAAUAAGUGGUAGUUUAGAAGUAAUGACUUGUACUUCUGACUUGUUCUCCUCUUAUGUUGUAUAUUUGUAAUUGUUUUUUAAAACUGUUCUAGUUUUCCAGUCUAGACAAACCAUUAAUAUUUAACAGCUACGUGUAGAUGAUGCAGUGAAGACCCAAGGGCAGUAAUAGGAUGCAGGUAUCUUAUGUCCACAGUUUAGGAUGUGUGUGGUUUCUGCUGUUAAGCCACUUUAGAUCAGUUUCAGGACUAUGGAGCUUGGUUUGGAGGGUGUUUAGAGUGGUAGUGGUACAUGCAAACAGAGUCUUAAGUAAAUUGCCAUGCAAAUGGAGAAUGUAUGGUAGAAAAAGAUGGAAAAGGGAGCUCUCUGGCACUUGGAGGAGAAAAGACAUGACCAGGAGCUAUUUCAGAGCUCAAAUUUUAUUAAGUACUAUCUUUGGAAUUUUUCUCUUUAAAAUUUUUUUUAAUUGAGCGUUUUCUCCAUGAGAACUGGAUGUGUGAUGACUGAAGGUCUGUUGUCUGCCUGAAGUAUUUCUUUGGCAGAAGCAGUGGUUAUGAUGGGGCAAUCCUUGCUGCUUUACAUUUUUGCUCCUUUCUUUAGUUUUGGGUUCCUUGGGCCUUUUUCCAGAGGACUUUUACUUUUCUUGGAUUCAAAGUGUAUUUUUGGUAAUUUCAUUUGUGCUAACGUGUUUUUGGACUAUUAAUCCUAAUGAACAUGAGGAUUCAGUAGCACUAACUAGUCAGAUAGGGUUUCAGGCAAGAAAUGGCUCCUGUGGCUUUACCAACCCAUUCAAAUUCUUUCCUGUGAUGUCCUUAUUAUGCUAAUCCAACACUCUUUGGUUUGCUGCUACUCCACAUCCCCCAGAACUGCUGGUUUCAUUUCUGCUUUAAUGCAUCUUGUUCCUGAUCGGUGACAUUUGCCUACUUAGUAUGUUUCACUUGCAGAGAAGGCACUGGCUGGGUGCUGAGUUAUUCACUCACCUGCAUAGCUGAUUCACCACCAAAUCUUCCUGCUCUUGAGAUCAGGACAUCUAUGUAAAACUGACAGGUUUCUGAAACGUGAGAAAAAUCCAGUUUCUGCAGUUACCCAUGUGUUGUCGUGUUUGCUUCUGUGUGCCAUUUUGGAAUACUGAGCUUUCCUGUGCGUGCUCUGCUUACAUUUAUGUCCUCCCCACUUGAAUCUCUUAUGAUUCCAGGGUCAGAAUAACACCUAGACCAUAAGUAAGUUUUCUAGUAGUUGGUGAUACUAAAUCUGUGAAGAAAAAGGAAAAUCAUGAAGCUCUUUGAAAAUCGUUAUAUCCGUUCCAGCAAACGAGCAACAAAUGUAGCCCUAGAGAGAGGAAUGGGGACUUUCCAGUAUAAAUUCUCACCUGGAGUGAGCACAAGCCACCUUUGUGCUCAGGGCAUGGGACCGGCUUUGGUGCAAAAUGAGAGUCUCUUGCAGCUCUGUUGAUGUAAUCCUAGUGCUGUUUGUCUAACACUAGCAUGAACUAGUUGAGCUGCUUGAUCUAUUUAGCUGCUAUGGAAAUCAGUGCAUACCCAGCCAGAAAAUGCAUCCUUGCUUGCUGGCGUGUUUCCUACAUUUACAUCAGUCUUUAAAAAGCAGAGACAUAUUGUAAGCUGCUCAUCAGAUCCCUGAUGACCCAGUUUAGCAGAUGUAGUGAUUGGCUAAUUGUUAAAGAUGCCAUUUUUGGUGGGUGAGAGGAAGAGCAUCAGCCAGGCUUCUAGCGAUGAAGAGUUAGAUUCAGCAGAGGGUAACCAGGAGCCAUCAGCAACUCCUGAUGCAAUGGUGCAGCCAUUCACCACGAUCCCAUUUCCGCCACCCCCACAGAAUGGGAUUCCCACAGAGUAUGGGGUGCCACACACUCAGGACUAUGCAGGCCAGACCAGCGAGCACAAUCUGACACUCUAUGGAAGCACGCAGCCGCAUGGAGAGCAGAACACGAACACGGCCAGCACGCAGAACGGAUCUCUUGCACAGACAGAAGGAGGGGCACAGACAGAUGGACAGCAAUCACAGACACAGAGCAGUGAGAAUACUGAGAGCAAAUCCACUCCAAAACGACUUCAUGUGUCUAACAUUCCCUUCCGCUUUCGAGAUCCUGACCUUCGGCAGAUGUUUGGGCAAUUCGGCAAAAUCCUUGAUGUAGAGAUAAUCUUUAAUGAGCGUGGCUCGAAGGGAUUCGGGUUCGUAACUUUCGAGAAUAGUGCUGAUGCAGACAGGGCCAGGGAGAAAUUACACGGCACCGUGGUAGAGGGCCGUAAAAUCGAGGUUAACAAUGCCACUGCGAGAGUGAUGACCAAUAAGAAGAUGGUCACACCUUAUGCAAAUGGUUGGAAGUUGAGUCCUGUGGUUGGAGCGGUGUACGGCCCUGAGUUAUAUGCAGCGUCCAGCUUUCAAGCAGAUGUCUCGCUGGGCAAUGACGCCGCAGUGCCCCUGUCAGGAAGGGGGGGUAUUAACACUUACAUUCCUUUAAUCAUUCCAGGCUUCCCCUAUCCAACUGCAGCCACCACAGCCGCCGCAUUUCGGGGUGCCCAUCUGAGGGGCCGAGGAAGGACAGUGUACGGGGCAGUACGGGCAGUACCUCCCACAGCCAUCCCUGCCUACCCAGGAAUAGUCUUACAGGAACCAAUCAUUAGCGCUAAAAUACCUCAGGGUGGAUAUGCAGCCUACAGAUAUGCACAGCCUGCUACUGCAACAGCAGCCACGGCCGCUGCAGCCGCUGCAGCAGCUUACAGCGAUGGUUAUGGCAGGGUGUACACAGCAGAUCCUUACCAUGCCCUUGCCCCUGCCGCUAGCUACGGAGUUGGCGCUGUGGCGAGUUUAUACCGAGGUGGCUACAGCCGAUUUGCCCCCUACUGAAGUGACGUGAGCCCCCUGCAAGUGGGACAGCCCCCCCAGUUCAUGAGGCCUGGCUAUUGCAAUAUUUACUAGUAGAGGAACUCUAUAGCAAGUCGAGGAGGAAAAACAAAAAAAAAAAAAACAAAAGAGAAAAUACUUUUUUAUACCUCACUAUGUUCUUCGAAUAUGUAUUUUUUUUUUCCUUUAAAUUUCUGCCUUUAAUUCUUUUGUUCCAAAGAUUGUGCUUUUUUUUUGUUUGUUUGUUUUUUGUUUUAAUUUUUGGGGUUUUUUUUAACUGUGGUAAAAAUAAUGCAUUUCCGUGUCUGUAUGUUGGUGCAUAGCUUAUCCUACCAAUCACGGAAAAGGCAAUUAGCGAUAAGGAAAGCUGUUAGAAACUGGUAUCAUGCAAUUAAUCAGGAACACGCAGACAGAGUUACUUCCCUGGGUCUGGUGCUUGGUGCCUGUGAGACAGGAGGACGUGAGGGAGAAGUCUCCACCUGCCGUGUUUCUGGUCUGCAGAAGGAAGCACUCUUUGGCUGUGGCUGGGACCUGAAUGCUUUUGGGAAAUAGUCAUUUACAUUUGGAAAUGGGGGAAACGCAGAAACUUUCUUUGUUUCUAUCACCGUCUGACGCGCACAGGUUUGUGACAGUUUCAGCAGUGUCAGGACUUUAGACUUCGCAAGAGAAGAGUCCCUCAACCUGCCCAAAGACUUCAGCUGUUACCUGCUCUAUAGGGGACAAGACUUUGAAAGGAGUUUUUGAUAAGAGUGAUCUUCUCCCCACACGCAAAACUUGCUGAUUUUUGUCCACUGCAGGUGGCUGUAACUGUCAGUUUUCAUUCCUCAUUUUGAAGAUCUUUCUCUCUUGCUGUCCCUUUCCACCCCUUGAUUCCUCGAGGAGUGGCAGAUGCAGUGCAGGAUCAUGCAGAGUACCUCUGUUGCAGACAGCAAGUGAUUAAUCUUGGGGAGGCGAAGCACCUGCAGCCUUGCAGAGGAAGAAAGCGAGCAGAAGAGUCGAGUGUGGCACAUGCUCUGAGGCCCAGUGUGCAGGGGCUCUGCUCCUGUUCAUCCUGGGCUGCUUAGGUACUUCUGCAAGUAAUCUAUUUCAAAUAACGUGAGUGAGGAAAAACCAGUCACGCAUGAGCUGCUCGAGGUGAAGGAAAAGCUUGUGAGUUUGUGUGGGGGAAGAGGAUCUUUUAUAUUUAAAUGUGAUCCUGAAGUUGUUUUGUAUCGCAGAAGCAGUUCGUGCAAGCUCUGAAUUCAUAGGAACUUCUUACCACAAGCUAUUUCAGGCCCUUCCAUAGCUGCAUUGGAGCCCCUGGGUUUGUUUUGCCCAGCUUCUCACAGAAAGUGCACCUGGUCUGCUGAGUCCAUAUAGACACUACAUAUUAGAAGACUUGAAAGGAUAGGAACUAUUUAGCUGAGGGGUCCACGACUCCCAAGACCAUCUCCCUUCUGCUCUCACAGACAGAGAAUUCGCUGUGUUUCAAAGACAGCACACUUAGAUGACUGUGAGCUGUGAUGAGAUGCAGAGUUGCUGCUCUCCAGGCCUCCCUGUUCAGCUGCUGGCUCCUAGAGUGCUCCCAGUAAACCCAGUGGUCAGAGGCAGGCUCUAAUCGCAUGCUGGAGAGAUGCAGAGGUGUAAUUGUACCGGGCUGCCUCGACUCCAUGGACUGGUGCUGGGGUGAGCCACUGCCCUCAGAAGGGCAGCUCAAAGUAUGGAUUUGUUGGCAGAGCCUCUCCAGCUCCUGUCGAACACCUGUUUUUCCAUCCACACUGAUACAGAAUAGGAAAAUUCCUGCAUUUAACACUAAGCAACAUCAGCAAGCCGGGGUCUCGCUCCUGGGGGAGUGUCCUGGUCCAGCCACACCCAACCACACAUUUUUUGCUCUUCCCCAGUGAUACAUGGAGCCUCUCUGUGCACAGCAGAGUGGAGGCGCCCCAAAUGGGAAGAAUGGGGACGCCAUUAGUUAAGCUAGACACCCUGAAGCUAUUGAUUUUUCUGGAGGAAUAGCUAGCUAAAGGGGACACCAAACUGCCAGCCUGUUGGCCACCUUUUUUUUUUCCCUGGUUUUAUUGUUGGUUUUUAACUUUUUUUUCCCAAGCCAAAGUUUGGUUUGUUGCUGUUAUGACAAUUUUUUUGCUGUUUGUAUAUAAAUACUUUAGCUUGAAAAUAGGGAGGGGAAGAACAGGGUGUUGGGGCUUUCACAAAAUCUAGGAAAUAAGGGAGACUUGGCGUGUUUGGGGGUUUUUACUGCCUGAGUUGGGGUAGAAGAGGGAGGACUUGUGGUAGAGAUAGUCAUAUUCAAGGGGAGUUAUUUCCACUGCAGAGCAGCCAGGGGACUUGUGAAGCUGGGAUGCAGCAAAAGCCUCUAUUGGACUUGUUCUCCCCACUGUGGAUGGAGGGCAUGAGCGAGGCCGUCCCUUCCCCUCCCGCAGGCAGUUCCUGUGAGCCCAGGAGUAUCUGCAGAGCCCCGCUGGGGCAGCUGUUUCCCCACUGCGCCUCUCCCACAUUCAGUUCAGCUGGUUCUGACUGCGCCUCCCCAAAAGCCAGGUUCUCCCACCCUGAGUGCCCUUCCCUGCCCUGGCAGUGCCACCUGCAAUCCCCCCCUGCCACUUGGCCUCCCCGGGAGUAGGGAGGCCAGCCCCGUUUCUGCCUCCUGGCAGAGUCUAUGCAUGGCAGCUUCAGCCCGCCCGAGUAUAUUAGGAAUGUGAGGGGUUUAGUGCAGAAGCACCCAACCUUUGGGGGGCUGUGGUCCCCCAAUCUCCGAGUAAUACCUGUUCUAAGACCAUCCAGUCUGAUUCCUCCUGUAUCCAAGCCUGGCCUGCUCUGCUCCCUCCCUGCUGGGCUUCUCUGGUGCAUUAAGCAGCCAGUGUCUCUGUGGCUCCAUAGUUAUUGCUGCAAGAUCCCCUGAGGAAGCUUGCUGAUAGCCUGGCUUCCUGCUCUCAGCACUGAGCUGCAGAGGGGACACCGGGACACUUGUAUGGCUGGGGGCCAGAGGUAGCUCACUGGUUCCAGGUGUCCAAAGCACCAGAUCUCCCAAAAACUUGCAUGGCAAGGUUUCUUGAGAGAGUGUUGUGUGUGACAGGAGAGCUCUUCAGCCUUUCUUCUUUGUUGGCGAACAACAGCUCCAGUUUCACUCUGAUGUGUUGUGAACUGGCUAGAGAUACUUUCAGAGUAGCCAAGGUGUGGCUGUAUCCAUCUUCUGAAGGAAUGAGGACAAAGCCUAUAUCUCCCUAUGCAAAAUUAAUUACGUUUAAUAAAUUAAACUGGGCCCUGACUUACUAGAAUGAUGGCAGCUAGUGCUUGUCCGUGCGAUGGGUCCAUAGUCACAGGUCCCUUGCAAAGCAGGGUUUGGCUUUCUGAGGGAAACCGCACAGGCAGCCUGGCAAAUAGCUUGCUGUUUGUCACCUUCUAGUCUGGUGGUAUCUGGGAUUCCUCUUGAUGCAGAGAAAAAAAUGUAUCUUUACCUGUAGCUGUUUGUGCUGUUUUGCAAUAGGUCCAGCCAGCACAUGAUGAUAUACAGAUGAAGUUUUGGUUUGAAAAGUUGGUUUCUUUAAUGUGCUGGUCUGUAUUUCCUUGCAGUUACAGUUGUGCUGGUAUAAACUAACUACUACUGGUAUAGCAUAUUCUCUACUGGGAAUAAGUUAUAUUGAUGCCCAGCACAUUAGCAAACUGUUGUCCUGGUCCCCAUGUGUGGGAGGCUGCACUGUUGUAGGUGAGUUAGCUUUUCUACGAAAAGCCAUGACAGGACCUGGAGGCAAUGGGGAGCUCGGUAUGAGCCUACUAUGGCCAGCUUUUCCUAGGUUAAGCAGUUAGAUGGGUCCUGUGUCAUGAGUUCAGAUAGACAAAGCCAUGUUUAAAGAUAGCUAUGGCUUGGCUGUUCCAGUGCCUGAGAGGGAGCAGACUUGCCCAGCGAGGAGCACUGGCUCUGGAGUCUGAGACCUGUGUUUCAGACAGGGCUCCGUCAGUGACCCCUCAAGGGUCCCUGUGGGGCAGUCAUGUUGCUACUUUAGACUUUGCUUCCCUGUCCCUAAAGUGAAGUUUAAGUUUAUCUCUGUUCUUACCUGUUUUGAGAUCCAUGGAUGUGAAGUGUACAGCGAAAGCUGAGGAGGGUUUUCUGAAUAGCUGGCUUGAGUGCUGGUUGUGGAACGGUUAAUGAAGCCAUUUCCCUCUCUGAAAAGAGACACUGGCUGCUGGGCUUUCAAUUCCAGCACCCAGAGCUCUAUCAGUGGGGAAUACAAAGCAGAGCCUCCCAGUUCUACCCAUAUUUUUCCCUAGCCCAUCCCUAUCUGUAUCUUCCCAUCCUAGCCACGAAGAUGGAGGCAAGUAGAAAACAGGUUUGGGGAGCACUAGGAAUUUAAUAAAGGGAAACCCAAACAACAGCUCUGGGGAGUGCUUUUGCUGAAUCUAGCUCCAAAGGGAAAGCACACAGGCAGCCUGGCAGAGGACCUGCUGCCUGUGACCCUCCAGCCUGGCAAGGUGGGGGAAUGCUGUCCUUGGUGUAGAGGGGUGAUAUUUAAAGUGUUUUACCUGUUUGCACUGUUUUAAAAUAGGAGGCGGGGGGGUGGGAAACAACCUAGUGAACAAGAUGAACAUCCAAUGUAAACUUCUUCGUGUUUUUAUUUUUGACAUGCUCUUGGAUAAUGUCAAACAUUUUGUAGUAUACACCAGUGAGACUUGAUUCUUUGUUGCAUAAAACACUAUUUUUGGUGUUCUGAAAAGCCUGUUCCCUACUCCCUACAUUCCCACCUUACUGAUUGCCCUCUCCACCCUCAAACCCCAGUAAACUUCUCUUCUACAAUGAAAACUCCAGUCAACAAGGCAAGCAGGAGUCUGAUAGCCGGAGUGUGAAAUGGGGCCCUUUGCAAGUAGGCUGUGGGGUUUCUGCCUGGUAUGCUUUGCUCCAGCCAGGAGUUGUCAGGAGAGCCCCCCGUCCCUCUGCAGUGCCUGAAUCAAUGGCAGCCUAAACGGGACUCAGGAUGGCCAAGUCCCAUCUCCGUUGGCGCUGCUGACCCUGGAAGACAGCUUCUUGCUGGGGCUGCCGGUUCUGCCUGUGGUUGUCCUGUUGGGGCCCUGGGCUACAAAUGGCCCAGGCUUGUGCAGGUGACCAGCUUCCCAUGCUGCCUCUCAGCUUGUGAUAGAGCAGGAAUGCAUCAGCCAAAAACCUUGCCUGAUUUCACCAGGAGAUUGCUGGUGUUUAAAGCCGUCCACCGAGAUAUUCAUUUGGCUGGCAGUCAGAGUCAGCAAAAUGCCCGUUAAUCUUAGGACUGUUUUUUCUUUUUAAAUUUUUGUUGAUGUUCUGAAGUGGGUCAAUAAAUCUCUUGCCAGAUUCCCGUUCUCUGCUGGUGGAGGAGGUUGUUGCUUCCCUGAGGAGUAAAUUCCUUACAGAAAUCAGGCCCUCCCACAUUAGUAGUCUCAGUUCUGGUCAUGUUUUUCUAUUUUUUUCUGUUCACAGUAUUUUGUGUGUGCGAGUGUUGUAGUUUUGGCAGCUCAAUUUGGCUGCAUUAUCAAGUGACAAAACCAUCCUCUUUUACCCCAGGGGAUAUGAUUUGGUUUUGUUUUCUUUCCUUGGGUUUUGUUUGUUUGGUUGGUUGUUUGGGGGUUUAGUUAGGCUUUGUUUGGUUUUUGGUUUGUUGUUUGUUUUUUUAAUAUGAUAAAUCCUGCUUGUAAAUAGCUGGAGCUAAAACCUGGGGCUGAUAGCAAAUGAGAACCAGGACUAUAGAGUGAUACAAAGCUGGUGGAGUAUUUUACUGACCUCACAGGCCAAUCUCUUUGAAACUUGGAGAUUUUCAGUGCGAGGCUGAGAUGCCACAGCACCUCCAAUGGCAGCAACAGACUUGCCCCUUCUCGCAGUCUCCCCAGCACCUCCUAUUCCAGGUACCGCCAGGGAACAGGACGUGUCCUGAGUGGGAUCAUUCCCUUCCCCUGGAUCAUUUCCUAGGACACCCGAGCCACUUGCCCAGGGUCCCAUUUCCCUGCUGACUCUGGAGAAGCAGUAUCUGCAUCCCAGGGCUUUGUGACAGCCUUUAACUUCCCGCCCUCCCUUGUUAAGUAUCAUAUUGUAUAGUAGCUUUCAGACCAUACAGUAUUCAUUGGGUUAUUCCUAUUAUUAUCAAGUAGCUGGAAUUGUGAAGGUUGGAGUAGUUAGAUCUUUAGCUUUUAUUCCUUUUUUUUGUAUUACUAUCCAUGUGUAUAAAUUAUUGAUCAUGUUGCUGGCUUUUAUAAACUCUAAGCAAGGGGGGAAACCCUUCCUAACCCUUUGCAAAUGGUAAUGAAGCACUGUUUUUAAAUAAAAGAGAGAAACACCA